GUUCCUUAUCACCGGUUAAAACGUUUCUCUUCAAAUCGUGUCGGAUCCGUGCGACGCGAAUUCGUGGCACACGUGCAAAAUGGACGAGUUUACCUGAGCGUCGUGGAUUUAAUUCGUGCGGUCGGUGUUCCGUUUUGAACCUCGGGGACUCGGGAACGUAAUCGAGAAGACGAGGAAAGACAAAAAAGAGGGAGUGGAUGGAGAUUUAACGCGUUGUGGCUACUUUCGAAUGCUCUACAAAUGAGAGCACUGGACACAAUCAUGAACUCGACUUGCGCCUCUUGUAUACUCGAACCGCCCCCCGACAUCCUCCACAUACCACCGCCGCCGUUCCCGGCUAUCCUGCAGCAGGGUUCCGAUUUCUAUCCGAGCAGUGACAUCCUGCCAUUCUUGCCGCAUCUAAAUGACAGCCCCUGCAAGCACUUCUGCGACCGGCGCUCCGAGGGUGUUCAGUACAUCGAGAUGCCUCAGCAAGGAACUGUAUUCGACGACACGUGGCUCCUGAUCCUGAUAUCGUCGUGCGUCGGCGUCACCUUCAUCGGCAUCGUGCUGGCGACGUUGUUCCUGAAGUGCAAGUUCAACAGAAGCGGCAAGAGCGGCGUGAUCUCCAUGCCGAACGCGGCCUCCAGCAUGCAAACGAAAAACGGUAGGGUGCAGAACGAGGCGGUGCUGUAUCCCUGCGCGACCGACACCAUGCAGGACAGCCGGGUGAUGUGGGCCACUCUUACACCGCGCGGCACCACCAGGCACUACCUGGAGGAGCACACGUACGAGACCAUCGGCGGUGGGCAGUUCCAGAAGCGCGCCUGUACGACCACACCAACCGAACAUGUAAAACUCAAGACUUACGCCGAUCCGCCAGCCAUUAGCCCGGUGCAAAGUCGGCCGAAGGACGACAAGGCUUUCGACAACACCGCGUUCGUGGAUUACGAGGAGCCCUUGUCCGUCAAGACCGAGUACUAUCAGCUCAACGACGUCCUGGAGCCGAACGAUUCCGGCAUUCUCACGAUCCAACGUGGCACCCUGCGCCCGCGCGUCAGCUCCCCGACGAGAAUCGAGCACCCGAACCUACCCCCGUUGAACCUCCACCCCCACAAGCGCGCGUCUCGCAAGGGCUCCGGGGCGCAGCACACCUCGGACACGCUGCUGCGAAGCAGCAUCACGUCGUCCACUUAUAUUCCCACCAUAUAAGCCAGGCCUCUUCGCCCCCGUCUCUCUCGUCUUCUCUUCGUCACACCUCCGCGCCGCCGACGAGCGAAGCCCAUCGACGCGCCGUGUCGCACUUCUCGUAUCCGACACACACACACACACACACACACACACACACACACCGCAUCAUUCGUAUCUAGUCAUUGUGAGCACGCACGUACCGACACCGCGACUCGGCGAACCUCAAGCUGAGUUUGAGCCUUUAAGUCCGAGGAAAGUUUAAACUCAGCUUAAGAUUCAGCGGACGUUGGUGAAAUCCAGCGGAAGUCGAAUCCGACCGAAACGACGAAGCCGUUUGCGAGGUGUGUGCGUGCUUCUUUUUUAUCGAUUGAUAUAUGACGUGAUCGUGUAGACGUAGAAUAGGCUCGAUCUUCGAGUGAAAUAUGUAUAUGUGUAUGUUACAUUUGCAUCUUACGGAAUAAAACAAUGCGUAGAAAGGCGGCGUCUUUCCUCUCUUCGUCACCGUCACCGAGUCACCGUUCUGUCGCCAAGAUAUUAUCGAUCACUAAUCCGGGAAACAAUUUCCCGCGCAUAAUUAUAUAUGAUUAUAUGUAAGGCGUCAUAUAGAAUAUGUCCCUAUAUAAAAAUAUAUAAUUAUGUACGAAGUGCGGCGAUACAGUCGUAUAUGACGGUGUAUAAGUACAUCCGACCUCGUUUUGCACGUAUGACGAUAUGUAUGUACACUAUAUUGUUAAAUAAAAUAUGAGGCAUAACAGCAAACAGGAGAAAGUUCUUUUGU